UAUAAACCUGGCAGCUUUGUGCCGAGCCAGCCAUACGGAUGUCUUGUCUCUAGACGAGGUACGAGGUGGUACGAAGCACGGUACGUCUACGUCGCAUCUGCGGCCGACGUUGUCGCCUGUGAUUCCUCUUCCUUCAUCACACACCACGCAACCAGCCGGCGCGAGAGCUUCACGACGCCCGCCAGCGACAUCACCGCCUCACAGCAUUCACCGCGCGAUAUGGCAGCCAAGCGCUCGUCGGGAGACGCAGACCGGAGGCUGGAGAGCGGCACGGCUGCUGCUCCCAGUAAAUCAGACGGCAGGCUGCAUCCCGCAUUCUUCAUUGCAUUAUGGAUUUUCUUGAGCUCAAGCGUCAUCCUCUUUAACAAAUGGGUUCUCGCAACCGCCAAGUUUGACUUCCCAUUAUUCUUGACCACAUGGCACAUGGUGUUUGCCACGAUCACGACUCAGAUAAUGGCCCGAUUCACCAAGACGCUGGACUCGCGGCACAAGGUGCCCAUGACCCCGACCAUAUACGGGCAGUCCAUUGUACCAAUUGGUAUUCUCUUCAGCUUCAGCCUGAUUUGCGGUAACAUGGCAUACCUCUACCUAAGUGUGUCAUUUAUCCAGAUGCUCAAGGCGACAAAUGCUGUCGCGACCUUGCUAGCAACGUGGGCGUUCCGGAUCGUCCCUCCCAACUUCCGAGUGCUUGGGAAUGUGUCCGUCAUUGUCGUGGGCAUCGUCAUCGCCUCAUUCGGAGAGAUCAAGUUUGAUCUUACUGGUUUUAUUUACCAAGUCAGCGGUAUCAUCUUUGAGGCACUGCGCCUUGUCAUGGUGCAGCGGCUACUCAGCUCCGCCGAGUUCAAGAUGGAUCCUUUGGUGUCACUUUAUUAUUACGCUCCGGCAUGCGCUGUAACCAACGGCAUCUUUACCUUGUUCAUCGAGAUCCCAAGGAUUACCAUGGGCGAUAUCUACGGGCUAGGUAUCUCGACCCUUGUAGCUAACGCAAUUGUGGCUUUCCUACUGAAUGUGUCGGUUGUGCUUCUUAUUGGCCAGACAUCAGCCGUCGUUUUGACCAUGUCGGGCGUUCUGAAGGACAUCUUGCUUGUUGUCGCUUCCAUGGUUAUUUUCCGUGACCCAGUCACUGGCCAGCAGUUUUUCGGUUACUCCAUCGCCUUGGCCGGACUGGUGUACUACAGGCUUGGAGCCGAGAAGAUGCAGUCUCUUGCGAAGGACGUACGCCUACAACUAGGCAACUUCCGUCACCAAAAUCCCGCGAGAACCAAGAUCCUUGCCAAUGUCGCCAUUCUGGCCAUGGUUGUCUUCGGGUUGUGGAUGUGGGGACCGUACUUUCUAGGACAAGGCGAAGCCUCUCAGAAGUUGUAGGUGAUACUUGACGCUCAUCUCACCUGCAUUCCUGCCUCAGCUUCUUGCAAAUUCAGAGAUAUCACGCCCAUUGUAUUAUAAUCCGUCUCUAUUUUAAUGCGUCUAGAGAGAGUGAGUAGGUGCUAUUCUUACGAAGGUUGGUGCGAAGAUUACUUGUGCAUAUUUCAUAGAGAUCUAUUCGCAGCACUCGGUUCAUGCCACUGGGACCAAGAUGGAUGGAAGUGGCAAAUAAAUCAUAAAAUAUCCGAUGCACAAUAUUUUGAAGGAUUCCUAAGUCGCCCAUCCCGGAAGUCACCAUUGUGGCCAAAUACCGAGAUUAUUUCCAC